GAAGUCUUUGGAACACUUGCACAAAUGUCCUUCUGUCUGGGUGUACCCGUUGGCGAAAUCUGUCGCGAUAAAUUUGAGCUGCAAGAUUGGAAUUCUGUCGAGCUUCACCGUAAACUAACAACAGAUGCCCCAGUUUGCAAAACCAACAAAACCAUAGUCGUCGGCGCCUCCCGCGGAGAAAGCGUGGACAUCGUCUGCGAGAUCGAAUCCGACCCCCCAGCCAGAUCGUACCGUUGGAAGUUCAACAACUCCGGUGAAACCUUGGAAGUGUCAUCGGAACGGUUCGCUUCGACCAGCAACGGGAGUAUCAGCAUCUUGCGGUACACGCCGGUGUCGGAGUUGGACUAUGGGUCACUGACUUGUUGGGCGAGUAAUCGGGUGGGACACCAGGUGCAACCUUGUGUGUUUCAGGUGGUUGCUGCAGGCAAACCCUUCCCCGUAAAGAACUGCACCUUCUCCAACCAAACCACCAACUCGAUGGAAGUGUUCUGCCUCCCAGGCUUCGACGGCGGUCUCCCCCAGCAUUUCCUCCUGGAGUUUUAUAUCUCAGAGUCCGGCCGACCUCGCUUCAACAUGACCUCAUACACGGAGCCGUACUUCUUCCUUGAAAACCUGGAACCGGACAUGACGUUUCGGAUCGUCGUGUUCGCCGUAAACUCUAAGGGAAGGAGUCCUGGGGUCACGCUGGAAGGAGUCACUUUCAGAGAUGCUGAGAAAAGGACAGGUAAUUUAUGCUCAUAGACUUAAGAAUGAGAUUUAUAAAACUGCAGUUAUGAAUUACUGGCAGAGGAACUUGAUACCAUCAAUAAUCGUAUUUUUCCUGAAGAUAGCCAAAAAAUAGUGUUUAUAUUACCAAAUUAAACAACAACGAAGAUAAAUCAUAAUUAUUGUAGCAAAUGUUGAAGUAUAGUAUUUGAUUCUAGUAGUAGUCGAAAUUAUACUGCUUGAUAUACCUAGAGCAAUUUUUUAUUCAAAGAAAAUAUGCAUAUCCGAUUAUAAAUAUUAUAAUUAUUUCGAAAAUCCAACCAUUUUUUCAGGCGCUCAAAAAUGACCUUAAGAGCUCCAACUCUUUUGAAAGUGGAUUUCUGAAUCCAUUUUUGUGGUGUGCUACUGUCUCACAGAUGGCGCUAGAGUAUCUUUCAUAUCCCAAGUUGGACGUUGAAAUGCAGCAUACGGCUGGCUAGAAUACGUUGACUUCGACAAUAUAUAAAGAUUUAAGUUUAAUUUUGCUGUUUUUUUCAUAAUCACGUUUAUGCUAUUAUAUUUUUGUUCAUACGAUUUGCAUUUAACAAGAGUUGCUGCUUCUUGUCGGUUGGCUACUAUUAAUUAUUUGAAAUAUUCUGUUAAUUACUAACUAUUUACCGAUUCAGCACGUGUAGGUCUGUAGGUGGAUCUUAAGCCAUUUCGUUUUUUAUUGCCAUUUCAUUCUAUUUUGUUGCAUUUUUGCUGUAUCAUAUCAAUAAAGUUUAUUUUUGAGUU